GGGGUGCCCAGCCUUAUCGACCGUCACUGACUCUUAUCGCCCCGAUCGGUUUUUGGUUCUCGCUGCUGUUGCUUCUGCUGCUGCUGCAUCUCAUGAAAAAAGCCGCCCGAGAAUUGGAUUGUCUCCGUCAACAAACACAAGUGCGCGCACACUCGACCAGCUCGGUAUACCACCCCAUCAUGGCCGACAAGUCCAAGACAAAGAAGUUUCCCGAAGUGCAGGGCGGUGGGAGUCUCAUUCUAGCCUGGCGCAUCAAAGACAAGAAGGUCUUGGUCGUCGGCGGCGGAGAGGUCGCCGCCGGCCGUAUUCUCAAUUGCCUCGAUGCCGACGCCAAAGUCACCGUGGUCUGCCCGGCCUCGGGCCUCAACCCUGAAGUGGCACACCGAGUCGAGCACGCGCAGGUCACCCACGUCGAUCGCCUCUUCGAACCCUCCGACCUCGAUGGCGCAGACAUGGUCCUCGUCGCCAUUGACGACCCCGCCGCCUCCACGACGAUCUGGAAGUUGUGCAAGGAACGCAGGAUACCCGCCAACAUUGCCGACGUGCCUCCGGAGUGCGAUUUUUACUUUGGCAGCGUCCACCGCGACGGCCCGCUGCAGAUCAUGGUUAGCACCAAUGGCAAGGGACCCAGGCUGGCCGCCAUUAUUCGGCGGCAAAUUGCCAAGUCGCUCCCCAAAAACGCCGGCAAUGCCAUUGAGGCCAUCGGUACACUGAGAGCGAAGCUGCGCAAGAUUGCUCCGAACCCGGAGGAGAGCCCCAAGCGGAUGGGAUGGAUGAUCAAGGUCAGCAACAAGUACGACUGGAACGAAUUCUGCGAUCUCACCGACGAGGACAUGGAGAACCUCCUCACAUUUUAUGCUGGCGGCCAGGUGCCCACCAUCGACGAUCUCCUGGCCAUGAGGAAAACCCCCGGCUUCAAUGUAAACGACGUGUUCGACGGGUCCUUCGGCUUCUGCGUGGGUGUCUGAAUACGAGGCAUUUACAGACAGUACAUGUGCACAUAGGGUAUCUACAAACGGAUAUGGGUGUUUUGAGCGAUAUACGGCGUCAUUCCAUUGGGGUUAUACAUCUGGGAUGCUUCGUUGGCGGCAUCUCACGGCUUGAGAAAAGAAAACGUUUAUCUGUAAAUAAAGACAUGGCGUAACAUGGCAUAACAGGCGGCCUACGGGGUAUGGUUGGAAUCAGUGGACGGAGAAAUACUUGAAGCAAACGCUGACGUAUUAUGAUGACCGACGUGAAUUACACUUCAGCCGCGGAAAUGCGACCUGCGAGCACAGAAACAAGGCCGAGAUCGGAGCAUAAUGCCGAUGAUUCUCGUAAAAUAAAAGUAGGCCAUGCAGGCCAUAGGCUAACUCUGCCCGUUU